AUGUCUUAUCCCGUGCUGCAGACGCCUCAAAGACCUCUACCAGGCGCAUUCUUUAAUACACCUGCGGCAUCGAGAUUCCCACCCCCUCGGCAGCCGGUCUUCACUACUGGUAGUUUGCAGCGGACCGCUUCGAAUCCCCAAGAUGGCCUGCAGCCGCCUGCCCCAUCGAAAUCGCAAUCUUUACAGCCUAUUCAACGAGCUGCCAGGACCAUAAAUGAGGUAUUACAGAGGGAGGCCAGCUUCCCAGAUCUCGAUAGCUAUGUUAGACAGGGCAUCUCUUCCGAUUAUGACCUUCCCAACGGUGCUAGUGAAGCAGCUUGGGCGCCAUUUCAAAGAACAAAAAUGUAUGAUAUACCAGACCGCAUUUUCGAGCAGUAUAAUCAUGCGGAGGUUUCGACGAUGAUGGGGCUAUUUGCGGACCUCAACCAUGCAUGGGUCUCCAUUGACAAUGCACUAUACCUCUGGGACUACACGGCGCCCAACCCUGAAAUUAUUGGAUUUGAGGAGCAGAUACAUAAUAUUACAGCGGUCAAGCUUGUUAAGCCAAGGAAGGGCGUUUUUGUUUCGACUAUUACACAUGUUUUGGUGGUUGCGACAACAGCGGAUAUCAUCUUGCUUGGAGUUGCGGCAAACCUCGAGGGCCCUGGCGUUUGGACAGUCUCUUUGUACCAGACUAAGAUGUCGCUUUCUAUUCGGGGGAUUAAUGUUCAGGUCAUCGAGGGCUCGCCUGAGACUGGGCGCAUAUUUUUUGCUGGGGAGGCCGACAAUGAUAUCUACGAGCUCACGUACCAGCAGGAGGAGAAGUGGUUCGCAAGCCGGUGUGGGAAAGUCAAUCAUACAAGUCCUGGCUACCAAUCGAUUAUGCCUACAAUAUGGGGGAACAAGACCAACGAGCAUGUCAUCCAGAUUGUCGUGGAUGAUUCCAGACGGCUGCUAUACACCCUUUCGUCCGAAUCCUCCAUCCGCACAUUCCACAUGGACUCGCCAACAACCCUUCAGCAAGUGAUCGAGAAAAGGCGACUCGAGUGUUUGAGAGAUAUCAGUCACAUGAUCUCCACGUCUGUUCUUCUUACGAAUCAACUGAGGAUCGUCUCGAUUAGUCCUAUUUCUGCCAGGGAGGGCUCCAAGCUUCAUAUCAUGGCCACCACUACAGCCGGGUGUCGGUUAUUUCUGAGCGCAACCCGAGGAUACGGAUAUCUCAGCGGACAGGGAGCACCUCAAAGCAUGCAGGUUCAGCACAUUAAAUUCCCUCCCCAGUUGGAGCCAAGACCAAGCAAUCUUUCAUACCAAGGUGUUGAGCCGGCUACCGACACCUCAUCACUCGCCUUGGCCUUCACUCGUCUAGGCUUCCGAUUUCCACCUGGGUUCUUUCUCUGCUUUGUUUCCAAGACGGAACAGGUUGGCCGUGAUACCCUCUUCAUUUCUUCGCCCGAUACCGGUAGAAUAGCCACAGAAGCACGAGCUCUCUCAGCUCAAGCUUCCAAAUAUUACGAGCAAGGCUGUUGGCUAUCUCUGAACAGCCGUGUUGAGGCAGUGGGAUUGUCAACGCCAUCUUUUGCUGCUUCGAAUCAACCUCUUGGCUUUGGAAAUGAGCUUGCUAUGCAAUAUGACGAAACACCAACGGAGAUUGCGAUAUUAACAAAUACUGGAAUCCACGUGAUCCGACGCAGACGCCUGGUUGAUAUCUUUGCUGCUGCAAUUCGUAAUGGCGGCGGCGAUGAAGGUCUGGAGAAUGAGAUGAAAAAGUUUAUUCGCAAAUAUGGCCGAGGCGAAACUACGGCCACUGCUCUGGCAGUUGCUUGUGGACAAGGAAACGAUGUCACUCCUGGGGAUCUGCGAGUCGCUAGAAUUAGCGACCCCGAAACUUUAAAACUUGCACGGAAAGCCUUCGUCGAAUUUGGAGGACGGCCAUCGCUCAACGAAAAUGUGGUGUCUGAGGGUAUUGCAAAUGCUGCUGAUAAUGUGCUACCUUCGGCACGACACGAAGGUUUAGCAUUGUAUAUGGGCCGGCUUGUUCGCUCGCUGUGGAAAACCUCAGUGAUCAGGGAGGAUAUCCCACCAAAUGGAGCCGUUUCCAUCAAAUCAACCAUCAGGGGGGAGAAGCUAACUAGCAUCCAAGACAAUCUAACGCGACUUCAACAAUUUUUGGAAGAAAACAGCUCUUUCAUCGAAGGUCUUGCUGGACCCGAAAGUCUUCAGCAUGUUGCCAGUCAGCAGGAACAAAUCGCCCUUCAAGGCGAGCAUCAAGCGCUGUAUUCGCUUCAAAAACUAAACCACAGUAUCAUCGAGGGGAUUUCCUUCGUCCAAAUGCUAUUCGAGGAGAGAGUGGACCAGAUAUGGGGUACCCUGGAGGACCCUGUCAAACAACGCCUCCGGGACCUUACCUUUGAGCUUCUCUUCGCCACGGAUCAAGGCAAAGACCUUGCUAAGGUUCUCGUCAAGGCCAUCGUAAAUCGAAACAUUGCAAAUGGGUCGAACGUCGACACUGUCGCUGAUGCUUUACGACGACGCUGUGGCAGUUUCUGCAGUGCUGACGAUGUCAUCAUUUUCAAAGCCCAAGAACAACUCAAGAAGGCUUCCGAAGCUGGAGUGAGCAAGGACAUGAGCCGCAAUCUUCUCAAUGAAAGCCUUCGGCUCUUUACGCAAGUUGCAGGUGCGCUUUCAUACGAAAAUCUUCAGAGCGCCAUGGAUCAAUUCGCUGCCCUCCAAUUCUACGCAGGUGCGAUCAGUCUAGCUCUUCUAGUUGCUCAUGAAUCAGAUCGUGGGAAUUCCGCUCUAGCGUGGGUUAAUGAAAACAAGCCCGAGGGUGAUAACCGGAUCCCAGCAUACAAUUUCAGAAGGAAAUGUUAUGAGCUUGUCCAUUGUGUAUUAAUUGCAGUUGAUGAUGCUGCUGCAUUGGAACCGAACACAGUUGAUGGUCGGGCGACCCUGAUUUUUACGAAGCGUAUUGAAGCUUACAGUGUGGUCAAUGAAUCCGAGGACGAGUUGUUCCAAUAUGAUCUAUACGAGUGGUAUUUACACCAAGGAUGGGUCGAUCGACUCUUAUCCACAGACUCGCCUUUUGUAGUACACUUCUUGACUCGGUCAGCCGUUACAAGUGUGGAGAAAGCAGAUCUUCUUUGGAAGUUUUACGUCCACCGAGAGCGAUUCUAUGAGGCGGCAGCGGUUCAACUUGAUCUAGCAAAGAGUGAUUUCAAUAUCAUCCUCCGGACACGAAUUGAGUAUCUGAGCAGAGCCAAAGCAAAUGCCCAAGCGUCAAGUCCUGGUAUUGGAAGACAAGCACGUCAAGUUCUGCUUUAUGAAGUUACUGAGCUCCUUGAAGUUGCCAAUAUCCAAGAUGAGUUGCUCAACCGACUUCGCGUUGAUUCGAGAGUACCCGACGAGCGGAAACCAAGUGUCGUUCAAGCCCUCGAUAGCCGGGUCUUAGAAUUGUCUGACCUAUAUAAUGAUUUUGCAGACCAAGCCAGCUACUUUGACAUAUGCUUGAUGAUUUACGAGUGUGCCGACCACCGUAACGAGGCCGACGUCAAAGCAACCUGGCAGCAACUCAUCUCGAGUACGCAUGUCAAAGUCGACAGUGACCCAGACGCUGGUCAAAAACCCUACGAAGCUGUCAUCACAGUUUUCAAAGACAUGGCAGACCGCCUCAACCAUUCCGAAAACACCUUCAACCCCACUUUCUUAAUUCCGAUGAUUGAAAAAUACGCUUUCGAAUUCCAACACAAUGCUAGUUCUCGCAACUGGGUUCCAGAUCUCUUCAUCGAAGUCGGUUUCCCCCAUGAGAUUAUCAUCGCUACCCUGCAGGGAGUGUGGUACAGCAAUAGCCCACCGUUCAAUGUGGCGAGUCGCAAGAAAGUCCUCGCUGAACACAUUGUUUACAUCUGCGACCAGUGGUACGAAGAGUGCGUACGGACGAAUACGAGAUUAUACGGCAGUGAUGAGAAUGCGCAAGAAAUAAGCGAAUUGUUGGGUCUCCUGAGCAACGAUCUGCAAAACAGCGACCAGAACGCAGUGCACCAGCUCAGAAGGAAGAUACAAAAUUCCUUUCGGUGA